UCACUCCGUUUUACCCGGCUUCCGGUUGUGUGCUAGUGGUUGUUAACAAGCAUGGCUGCUAUAGGAGUGCAUUUUGGUUACACAUGUGCUUGUGUUGCAGUUUUUAAGGACGGCAGAGCAGACGUAGUUGCAAAUGAUGCCGGCGACCGAGUCACGCCAGCUGUGGUGGCGUACAGAGAUACCGAACAGAUUGCAGGACUGGCAGCGAAGCAAGGCAGAAUACGAAAUGCCGGGAAUACUGUGGUAAAAGUGAAACAGAUUUUAGGCAGAAGUUUUGAUGAUCCAGAAGUACAGAAGCAUAAAGCAGACAGUAAAUGCUCAGUGGUCAAUAAGAAUGAUAAGCCUAGGUAUGAGAUUGAUACUGGGGAGGCUAUCAAAUAUGUGUCUCCUGAAGAAGUAGCCAAAUUAAUUUUCCACAAAAUGAAAGAAACUGCUCAGUCAGCCUUGGGCUCAGAUGUCAACGAUGCAGUCAUUACAGUGCCAUUUGAAUUUGGGGAGAACCAGAAGAAUGCUCUAAGGCAAGCAGCAGAGGCAGCUGGUUUCAAUGUGCUGAGACUGAUUCAUGAGCCUUCUGCAGCGCUUCUAGCCUAUGGAAUUGGCCAGGACUCGCCAUCUGGAAAAAGCUAUGUACUUGUUUAUAAGCUUGGAGGAACAUCCCUUUCAGUGACUGUAAUGGAGGUGAACAGUGGGCUAUAUCGAGUUCUUGCUACACAAUCUGAUGAUAGCACAGGUGGAGAAUGUUUUACAGAGGCUCUUGCCCAGUAUUUAGCAUCUGAGUUUAAAAGGUCCUUUAAACAUGACGUAACAGGAAAUCCUAGAGCAAUGAUGAAACUGAUGAAUAGUGCAGAUGUUGCAAAGCACACCUUGUCUACUUUGGGGAGUUCGAACUGUUUUGUAGAUUCUUUGUAUGAUGGAAUGGACUUUGACUGUAAUGUGUCCAGGGCCAGGUUUGAACUUGUGUGUUCCUCCCUUUUCAACAAGAGUAUACAGCCAAUCAAAGGUCUUUUAGAACAAGUCGGCCUUUCAACUACUGACAUCAGUAAGGUUGUACUGUCUGGGGGUUCUGCCCGAAUCCCUAAGCUUCAGCAGAUGAUCCGGGAUCUUUUUCCAGAUGUGGAGCUUUUGAAUUCCAUCCCCCCGGAUGAAGUUAUUCCUAUUGGUGCUGCCAUAGAGGCUGGAAUACUGCUUGGGAGGGAUACCACCACCCUGGAUGAGGAUUGCAUUACAGUGGAAUGCUGUGGGAAGGAUAUUCUGGUGAAGGAGGCGGGAGAAUCCGGAGCUGAUAUCUACACAGUUUUGUUACCGUCUGGCACCCCUUUACCAGCAAGGCGACAGCACACUCUCCAGAGCCCAGGGAAUGCAGCUUCCGUCUGCUUGGAGCUGUACCAGUCCCUGGGACAGACCUGCACCACGGAGGAAAAAGUUGCACAAAUUGUUCUUAAAGAUUUAGAAUUGAAAGAGGAGGAUCAUGACAUCGUAACUGUUCUUACAAUGAAAAGGGAUGGCUCCUUACAUGUCACUUGCACGGAUCAAGGAAGUGGGAAGUCGGAAGCAGUCACGAUAGAAGUUGCAUCCUAAAUCCAUUUCACUGUCUGCAAAAGUCAGAAUAAGGGAACAUAUCCUGACAAGCAAUGGGCAGAAGGCAUGAUACACCCUGGAGGGACACCAGUCCAUUGCAGCCACAUGCACACUCACAGCAGGGCCAGUUUUUCCCGAAGGCAUUUAACUUUCCUGUAUAUCUUUGGACUAUGGGAGUAUGAGUUCCUUAUUUUUCCGUUAUUGGCUUGAUUUAUAACAUUAAAUUUUUGGAACUGGUUUAGUUUGUGAUUAUACUUGUAUUUGAUUAAGCAUUAUGAAAUAUAAA